AUGUGUGCCUUUCAAGUGUUGUUCGCCAAGCGGCUUCAGUUGACCUUGUUGACCGGGUUGGUAGCUUCACCUUGGCUGGCUCCAUUGGUAGUCGCAGCUGAAAGCGAACAGCUGAGCUUCUUACCGACUCCAAAUCCCGGGACUGGGUCUUUACCAUCAGUACCCGGCACAGACCAUCCCAACUUGAUCUUUGCCUCCUUCGCCGGUCUCCUCCAGCAAUGGCCGAACACCUAUGCCUACAGCGGCCACUCGAUCAUUCCGGGUGUCGUCCCGCGGGGCACGUUGCUCUAUCAUGGAACCAAUCAUCAGACCCCUCCGCCUUCAGAGGGACUCGAAUGGCUUGCCUUCAACCCCGAGUACAGCUACGUCAUUCACGCUCACAGGCUCGGCCAAGUCGAUUUGUAUACAUACACAGCAACACGCGCUCUGCGUAUCAUCUAUUUCGAUGGUCAGAGCUCCUCCUUGGGCACACCUGGCUUCAUGGACAGCCAAAGCGUGCUCAUCAACGGCACCGUUCCCAGGCAGUUUGGAGACGAUGGCCGGUACAUCAAAGCAGAGUAUGACCGCGCCCAUGAACUCUGCAAGCUUGGAAAACAGUGGGGCUUCGAGGGCGUGGUGCGGAUGAACACCUGUUUUGAAUUAAUGUGGUGUGAUUUCACCAAGGGGGUCGAACGUCUUAGGGGCACGAACACCACCGAUCCCUUCGAUACUCAUUACGAACCGGGAGAGUUUACUGAAUCCAUGAAAGUGACUGAGAUUCACAAUACCGAUUUCUCAUCCAACUCAGGCGAGACAUUGGUCCAGAAUCAAUCGGAUGCGAUUAACCCCCUGUUUCCUGGCCAGCUUCGAAAGACCUUGCGGCAGAGAGUCGAGGUUUUUGGAGCCAACGAUUCGACGAUCCGGUUGAAAACUCAUAACAAUUCCGCAGGAACUGAUAAUCCGGAGGAAUCGUUGCUCCAGUUGAUCACCAGACCUCGGGUUAUGAACUCGCCAUUUUACUCCAGGUCUCCGCAGUACUAUUUCCGCGCAGCCAGCCGCCAGUUCUUCACGCCAGGCGAAACUCGAGUGAUCCUAGACCCAAGUGGCUUUGUGAGCUUCUACGAUCGUAUCCAAAGCUUGAGCCAGAAGCGGCAAGCUGAAGGGACCAGCGACGGCCCGCGCCAUGCUCACAGAUUGCACGGGAUCAGCUCAAGGGAUGUGGAGAAAAUCAAAGACCGACUGGUCAAUGUACUCGCGCGUAAGAAUGCAGAGGGAUGGCGGAAAGAAUCUGAUCGCCUGGAUUGGCGGGCAUCGGUCUGGACGAUCACUCAGACGUACAGCAAACCACUCGUCGAGCUGGAUUACCUGCUCAAACGGGACGACCUGAGCGCCAUCGACCGGGCGGCCGAAGUGCGCGGCUUGACUUACGGCAUGAUCAUCCCCUACGUUGAUUUCUCCUCCUGGAAUCUCAGUGAUCCGGCUUGGGUCGACCAGAGCAUUAAGAAAUGUGCGAGAGGCUUUACUUCCGGGACUUAUCGUGCCUCAGACCUCACGGAAUCUAUACAAGUCAUCAUUGGCGCUAUCGAGGGGACUUUGGAUCGAUUGUGCAGCACGAUCUUCAGCAUCUUUACCCAAACCAUCGAAUUGUCUAUUCCGAUCGAUUCACUCAUCACUCCCGAUCCAAGAUUAGAGAGCGAAGCCACCUCGCGGGCCUCAGAAUGGAGACAACAGACCGAAAAGUUGAUGGAGUGGUUGGGAUGGUCAACCUGGGGACGCUGUGACCCAUCUUGCAAACCUGAUUUAAGACCUAUUCCAUCCGUCCUCUCCCGUGCGGUAGGGGACCACUACUAA